AUGGGUCAAUAUCUGAGCACACCGGCUGCACCUUCAGCUGCACCUUCAGCUGCAGCUCCACCUGAGAAAAAAACUGAAGUCAAAGUAACGGAUUACGCAAAAUAUUGUUUAAAAUGAACAUUUCAAGGCGGGUACCGUCUCGGAAAGCACACAGCAGCCGCCGCCUUCCAACACCGGGUCCAUUUUGGCCGGGCCAACGGCUUCGCCGGCCAAGACACAGACGCCAAAGAGCGCAGUUAUGCCGCCGGCCUCGCCCAAGCCGGUUUUCAUUCCUCCAGCUGAUACUGUGAGUUCGAAGACUUGAGCAGCUUGAAAAUGAUUUGAUGGAAGAAAGGUUCAAUAUUAUGAGUAGGUUAUCACCGAGGCAAAGUUAACUUAUUGGUUUGAAAAGCUUCGAGGUAAACUUUGAUAUUUGAAUUUUUUGAAGCUUGUGGUUGGACUUUCUUUUUUUUUAUUCAAAGUUGGGAAAGAUUUUCCGAUAAAAUGGUAUUUUUCGAAGACGUUUUUGGCAGUUUUGGAAUGAACUUUCGGAAAAAGCUUCAUCGGAUAAAACUAUAGCUGAUUCACGGCCAGCUUGGGACGCUAAGGGGCGUGUCCUGACUGCACUCUCCACGAGCCAGGCGCUAUUUCGUGCAUUAUCGCGUCAGGACCCUUUUUUCGAUGGAUCAAGCCAGCCGUGAAUCAGCUAUAUUCGUAUUUAAAAGCAUUGUCUAGACCAGGCAAACAAUUGAAAAAAAAAGCCUAAAUUAGGGACUAUUUCCAUCCGAAGAAUCUUUGCAGGCUUAUUUCGGAAGAAAAUUAUUUGAAACUAGCAAUUUUUCAUAAUUUUAACCUGAGAUUUUUGAAACCUUCCACCUUUAAUUUUUCAGUUGGAGAUCAAAAGUUUGGUCUUUCAGAGAAAGAAAGCGAACACGUUCGACGCGAACUACGACACACUGGCGAUGAUGCCCGACGUCGAUUGGAAGAGAAGCGAAAAAUCCAGCAAAUAG